AUGACAACAUUUUUUGCACACUAUAGACAGGCUGAUUCAUAUCGUACACAAACGUCAAAAUUGGAUCAAGAAUAUGAUGAUGGUCGGUUUAAACGUGAAGAAUUAGAAUACAGAUUGGGUGAUAAAGAUCGUCUCUAUUUGUCAAAACGUUUGACUUAUGAAGUUUAUCAGGAACAAUGUGAAAAAAUGAUCAAACAUCCUGAUCAAUAUGUUGAAUCAAAGUUGUCAAUUGAAAAAUUUCAACAAGAAAUAAAACAAUUUGAAAAAGAACUGCCCAAAUUACAAUUCAUCAUUGAUACAAUUAAAGCACGUCUCAACUAUUUUGAACAACGAAAAGAAGAAAUUGAACAAAUGAAACGUCAUUUAAAACAAUUAGAUAGCGAAGUUCAAACAGCAUUAGAAAAUAAAAUAUUAAAAGAAAAUGAAUUAAAUCGAGUCGAAAGAUGUCUUCAUUUAAUGAAACAAAUUCAUCGUUUCAGAUCUUCUAAUGAUCUCGUACAAAAAAUAUACUACGAUAUACCUGUGAAAUCAAAAAAUAAUAAGAAAGAUCAAAAUGGAAAUAUCGUCGAAGAAGAUGAGUUAUCCAAAGCACUUCGUUUAAUUUCCCAAUCUAUUGGUCGAGAUUGGAACCGUCUGUAUUGGCAGUUACCGUUUUACCCAUGCAGAGGAAAUGAAGAAAAGUCAAAUGAUAUCAAACAUAUUGAUCAUAAAUAUCACAGAGGAGAUGUAUAUCACCAUCAAGCAAUUGAUUGUUUAACGAAAUGGCGUCGUUAUCAUACUCGAGCAAAAAUGGAUGAUAUUCUUAUAGCACUAGCUAAAAUUCGUCGAUAUGAUUUAGUUCAAGUGAUUCAGAAACGUAUUUUAAAACAAAAACGACAGUUAGACUAUGAUGUAGAGGAUAUAGAUCCACGUAAAAAAGAAAUUGAAGAUUUAAACAAAAAAUUAAAUAAACUUUUUGAGAAAAUCAAAAAUGGUCAAAUUCAAACACAUGAAACAUAUGUGUAUUCAUCACUUGGAUGUGGUACAGUCGAUCCUGUAAGAAAAUAUCAUGGGUUAUCAACACAUUAA